UACUUCCCACCUCAACAGACGCACCCAACCCCAAGAAAUAUCUAAUCCUAUCUAAACACAACAUCGCAGCUUUACUUCUUCAACGAGGUCGAAAAUGGCCUCUGCUACGAGACUGCUCCUCCAGCCCACGCGUGUCGCCUCCCACGCGCAACUCUUUAGCAACUCAUUCUCGGUUUCCUUCCCCACCGCCACCAUCAGUGGUGCCAACACGAUGCGGUUCCGUGGAUUGAGUCAAGGACACGGUCAACGAGUUUUGCUAUCAGUUUGCAAGUUAUCGGCGGGAAGUGACGGCACCGUGCCGGCUGGAGAAGACGACAAUGAAGACGGAAUCUCGCUCGGAACCAUGAAGCUGCCUCUGGAUACCGAUCUUGACAGAUUCGAGUCCCUACUCUUUCAGUGGGGAAACAGUUUGUGCCAAGGAGCUAAUCUUCCUCUUCCUGUUCCUUUAAGGGUGGAUAAAAUUGCAGGAGGAGCAAGAUUGGGUUUCAUAACAAUUGGAGAAGGGAAGACCGAGGUGUCGGUGUAUAUAGAUUGUCUGGUUUUUCCGGCGGCUGGUGGGUCUCCGCCACUUUUCAGAGCCAUAAGAAAUGGACCACUCAGAGACAUGGCUCCCCCUGGUGAGCCAAGAAUCAUGAGGAGUCUCUUGCAGGCUCUCCAGAAGUCGGUUGAAAUUGCUAGGCUUUGAAUAUGUUUUAUAAACUAUAGAUUUAAUCUUUUCUUUCAUGUAUAAACAACAGAUAUGCAAUGGAUUUUGUUUAUUGGACGUUA